AUUGUUCUAUGCUAGUGGUGGUGUUGCAAUGUUAUGUCUCAUAGCAAGUCAGGAUAUCAGAAUCAGAUCAACAGAUCAAUGCUAAAGUUGUAAAUUGAGUGUUGACUAUUUACAUUUGACUAUUAAACAAUUUAACAUCAGAUAUGGCUGACGCAUUUGACAAACUUCGUAUGAUGGAAGAUGAAAUGAACAAAUUUGAAGAAGAAAUUGGGAUACCCAACUAUAUGGAUGGAACACCUGGUGCUCAAUCAUAUGGUAAUGCUGAUAAUUAUUCAAUGAUGGGACAACAAAAUACAAUUACCUCCCAAGGAUAUAAUAAUAUGCGACCAUCGUUCUCUAACAACCAAAUGCUAUUACAGCAACCUCAACGGAGAUUUAAUGUCAAAGUAGACAAAACAAUUGGUCCUGUUAUUCUCAGUGGUGCUCCCAAACUGUAUACAUCUAAACCUGAACCACCUCAACUACCCUCAAAUGAUUUGAUGAUUAAAGCAGAAGAUAUAUUAAAAAUGACUACAAGCAUCAAUCCGUUAAAAAAAGAAUCUAAGAAGCCACAACCCACAAUAUUGCCUGGUAAAGAAAUGGCAGAGGCUGUUAAAGCAACAUCUAAAACAGUUGUGGUAUCAGCUGGAGGUAAUGCUGUUGCCGCAGCUGAAUGUGCUGCGUCAAUUCCAAAUCAAUCUGCCAAAAGCAAAGGAAAAAAAAAUAAGAAGUUUAUACGAACUUCUGGAGGACAAGUAUGGGAAGAUCAAACGCUAUCUGAAUGGGACGAAGACGAUUUUCGAUUGUUUUGUGGGGAUUUAGGCAAUGAUGUCACUGAUGAAUUAUUAGCUCGAACGUUUAGUCGAUAUCCUUCAUUCCAAAAAGCCCGUGUAGUACGUGAUCGCCGCACUAUGAAAACCCGAGGUUUUGGGUUUGUAUCGUUCAAAGACCCAGCAGACUUUAUUAAGGCUACAAAAGAACUCAAUGGUCGAUAUGUGGGUAGUAGACCAAUAAAACUACGGAAGAGUAUGUGGAAAAAUAGAAGUUUGGAAGUAACUAAAAAGAAGGAGAAAGAAAAGGCUGCACUCAUUAAUUUAUUGACGGGUCAAUCUUCAUAACAAUGAUUUUAUAUUCUUACCAUAAAAGUCAACUAAAUAAUAUUUCUGUACAAUUGUAAGCAGAUAAUAUGCUUUUAUUUGACUUUUAGUACUUACCUUUUCAAUAAGAUCUUGCUCUUAUGAUUUAAAAAUAAAAAUGUAUACAGCAA